GGCUCAGCGGCAGAAGGAGACAGAAGGAGGCGGAAUCGGGCAUUCAGGGAGCGGACGGAAAACACGGAGCACCGUGGAGCCGCCGAGGCUCCAGGAAAGUACCAAAGUCAGAAUUAUUCUCCUUUAAUCGUCGUGUUCGUUGUGUGUUUGGAUUAAAGUGUAUUUCUAUGCUACCGGAAGCUCCUUCAUACGGAUGUAAACGGGAUUUUCUGGAAUAUUCACACCGGGAAUAACGUUACUUUUCCUCCGACAAACUGCCGCCGUGAUCCGGUAAAAGUGAGCGGAGAAAAAGUUUGUGAGCAGCUCCAUGAUAGAAGGCGUUCAGUGUGAACCACAUCCUCCUGACCCUGGACAUCACUGACUGAAGAGCAGUUUUUCAUCUCCAGCUCAGAGGAACUUUUAUUUUCCUGGCUGUCAGCUGAGCAUCAGAGGGAGGACGUGGAGAGUCACACCUGAGACAGGUGUCUGGAGCUCAUCAUGAGGCUCUGAGGAGGAGGCAGGUUUCCAUCAACGCUGGUUUGAACUUGAGGAUUAUGGGUAAGGAGCAGGACCUACUGCAGGCGGUGAAGAGCGGAGACCUGCUGUCCACCCAGAAGCUGCUGUCCAAGCUGAAGACCAACCGCAACAAGCUGCUCGGCUCCACAAAGAGGCUCAACGUCAACUUCCAGGACUGUGAUGGGUUCUCGGCGCUGCACCAUGCCGCCCUCACAGGAACCAGCGAGCUGCUGUCAGCGCUGCUGGAGGCUCAGGCCACUGUGGACAUCAAGGACAGCAACGGAAUGCGUCCGCUGCAUUACGCCGCCUGGCAGGGAAAAGCUGAAUCUGUCCUGAUGCUGCUUCGGUCUGGAGCUUCGGUGAACGGAGUCUCUCUGGAUGGUCACAUCCCGCUUCAUCUGGCUGCUCAGUACGGACACUUCGAGGUGUCGGAGAUGUUGCUGCAGCAUCAGUCCAAUCCCUGUCUGGUCAACAAGGCCAAGAAGACUCCUCUGGAUCUGGCCUGCGAGUUUGGACGAGUCAAGGUGGCCCAGCUGCUGCUGAGCAGUAACAUGGUGGUGGCGCUGUUGGAAGGAGAGAGGAAGGAACCGACGGACUCGGCCUUCACGACACCUCUUCACCUGGCCGCUCGCAACGGACACAAAGACAUCAUACGGUUGCUGCUGAAGGCCGGCAUCGACAUUAACAAAACCACCAAGUCUGGAACAGCGCUUCAUGAAGCUUCGUUGUACGGAAAAACCGAAGUGGUCCGACUGCUGCUGGAUGCCGGAGUGGACGUGAACAUCAGAAACACCUACAACCAGACGGCGCUGGACAUCGUGAACCAGUUCACCACGUCGCACGCCAGCAAGGACAUCAAGCAGCUGCUGCGAGAUGCGACGGGUGUUCUGCAGGUCAGAGCUCUGAAGGAUUACUGGAACCUCCACGAUCCAACGGCCCUGAACAUCCGAGCCGGAGACGUCAUCAUGGUGAUGGAGCAGCACGUGGACGGCCGCUGGAAAGGCCACAUCCACGACAGCCAGAGAGGGAUGGACCGAGUCGGCUUCUUCCCUCCGUCCAUCGUGGAGGUCAUCAGCCGGAGGAAUGGGGGCGCCCUGUCCCGCCACGCCUCCCUGCCCACCCAGCGCCAGCAGCUGCCCUCCAGAGCCCCCCUGACCUCCAGCCUCAGCUCCGCCCCCCAGACCGACGACUCCUAUGCCCUGUACGCCCCCCCCACCCACCUGGUGCUGCCGCUGGCCAACGGCCUCACUACCUGCUCAGCCGGAGACAGGAACAGCGUCGGCAGCACCGGCAGCGUCGGCAGCACUCGGAGCGCCGGCAGCGGCCAGAGCACCGAGAGCAACCACGCCGCCAACGGACUCCAUCACAACACCGGUCACCAUGACAACAAGGCGGCGCCCCCUGCUGUCGAUGCAGGACACUCAGCGGACCUCAACAAACAGCCCGAUCAUCCUGCAGGUGGGACUCCACGGAGGCCGACGGUGACGGUUCAGAGGCCUGCAGAGCAAAGCUUCUCCCAGCAGUUUGUUCGUCCUCAGCAGCUGCUGGAGGGGAAGGAUGCAGAAGCCAUCUAUCAGUGGCUCAGCGAGUUCCAGUUGGAGCAGUACAUCGGGAACUUCCUGAAUGCCGGAUAUGAUGUACCGACCAUCAGCAGAAUGACUCCUGAGGAUCUGACUGCUAUUGGUGUGACCAAACCAGGACACCGCAAGAAGAUCUCUAUUGAGAUCAACAACCUGAACAUCCCUGAGUGGCUGCCAGAGUACAUCCCAUCUGAUCUCGGCGAGUGGCUCAGUGCCAUCGGACUCCCACAGUACCACAAGAAACUCGCAGAGAACGGCUACGACUCCAUCAGCAUCGUCAAAGACCUCACAUGGGAGGAUCUGCAGGAGAUUGGCAUCACCAAGCUGGGCCACCAGAAAAAGCUGAUGUUGGCGGUGAAGAAGCUGUGUGACAUCCAGAGGGCUAUCCUUCAGGCUGAAUCAGGUCAGGGCACGCUACGACGCAAAGGCCCCGGAGCCCUCCACCUGGUCGCCAUUGAGCCACCUGACUCUGGUGGUGAAUGUUCUUCACCUCACACGCCAAAGAUGCUGACUUUCCAGGACAGCGAACUGAGCGCCGAGCUGCAGACGGCCAUGUCGAGCCACUACAGCGGCUGCGAGGAAGGUCUGGCCAUCAAGAAUGCAGUGGGGAUGUCUCAGAGCCAGGAGAGCAUCGACACUCGAUCCAGAGGCUCCGGUCGCUCCCAGGACCCUCCUACAGCCUCCAUUAACCCCCACAGCUGGUCCCAGGAGAGCCUGGAAGGCAGUCCUGCUAAAGAGAGGAACCUUCCUGAGGGCUGGGACCAGAGACCCCUGCAUCAGCAGCCACUGCCCAAACAGGUGCCUCUUGGUACGGCCACCGUGUUCAAAUAUCCAGCCAUCCCAGCCAAGCCCAAGCUGUCUGGAUCUCGUGGCAACUCCCCUCAUGGUUCCCCAGCUCUGAAGGGUUUCAGCUACCUGCAUUCUCACUGUGGCUCCACAGACCUCCGCUCAUCUCACAGGUCAGAGAACCACACCAUGACCUUGACACCACCCAAGAAACGCACACAGAACAUGACUCGCUAUGCUCUGUCAGACGGAGAGCCUGAGGAGGAUGACGAGGAGCUUGCAGUUCCUCCUGGAAACGUGCCGUCCUAUGCCACUUUGACCCGCAAGCCUGGCCGCAGCCAGCUGGCUCGAUUGCAGUCCAGCCCAGAGAAGAACGGCAACGUGGGACGCAGUCAGUCGUUUGCAGUGCGCGCCCGGAAAAAAGGUCCCCCACCUCCUCCUCCAAAGAGACUGAGCUCAGUAAGCAGCACCACCAGUGGCGAGCUGAGCGACAGUAGCACCACAUCGUCCUCUGGCGGCGUGGUAACUGACAGUCCUGGGAGUGUGAGGAGCAUCGCAGCUUCUCUGGAAAGUGGCACUGAGGGGAACAACUCCCCAGGACAUAAACCAGACCUCGUCCAGCAGGAACCUCAUUCCUUCAGCUCUGCAGAGCCCAGAGAGGCGGUAGGGGCUAGGAGGAGGGUGCAGAGCGAGUGUGUUCCCACCCAGACAUGCAGCAGCACCGAGUUGGACCGAGGGGUGAAGUCCGACUCGGAGGAAGAAGAUUCUAAAGGUCGUGGACUGGAAGGCUCCUCGUCCCCUCAGAACAGCUCCAGUGAGUGCAUCCCCUUUGCCGAGGAAGGCAACCUGACCAUCAAACAGAGGCCCAAGGCUCCGGGUCCGCCCAGGGCUGAGGCCGUGCUGGAGCCUCCCGACAAACAAGAAGACAAGAACCUGGAUGUACCAGAGUUUAACCUGAAGGAGUCGGACACGGUGAAGCGACGACACAAACCCAAAGACAAAGAGCAGGGUGAGGGCUCCCCCUGCAGAGAGGGCACCGGGUCUGGGUCUGGCCGCAGCAGGCCUCCAUCCCAGAGCCAGGAGGAGGUCAGUUUGAGGAUCAGUGAGGCCAGUCUGGAGAGGCCAUCCAGUCCAGCUACAGGGUCACCCAUCAAACCUCCACUUUCCCCCAAACCUGCUGUUGCCCCGAAACCUGUCCGCCACAGUCUGCUGGCUGCACAGAGACCCUCAUCUCCUACUGUGACCAUCAGUGUGGUUCAAAGCGUGGCCUUCGCCUCUCCGUCCUCACCCGCCCACAGACCCCCAGCUUCAGCUUCGGCCCCUCAGAGCCCCUCUCUGGCAGCGGCGAGACCUCAGGUGUGCGUCGUGGGUCUGGGUCAUCUGCAUGAGGAGUCGGAGGUGGUCCAGCAGAGACUGGAUCAGACCAGCACAUCCCUGGCUGCAGCUCUGAUGGCCGUCGAAAGCAAACUGAGCCUGGAUGACAGCUCUGAAGGCAGCGUGAGCACAGUAAAGUCUGCAGGGACCAUCCUGGAUGACAUCGGCAACAUGUUCGACGACCUCGCCGACCAGCUGGACGCGAUGUUGGACUGAAGACAUCCCAUGAGAUAAACAUUAUCCACCUUCAACCUCAGGAAUGGAAAGAAAAAAAGGGGAUUAAUGGAGGGUUUUCCCCAUCAGUGUUUCAACCUGCACAGUCGGAGGAGCUGCAGUCAAACACUCGCCUGAACACCAGCACUUAAUGUCCAGCGUGCUUCCUCAAUGCAAACCAGGUCCUUCGCUCACAUUUCUAACUGGCAGCUGAAUCUGGUUUCCAAGUCGAUGCAGCGCAAAAUUUUAGCUGUCGAACACGAACCAAACAAGGACACAAAUGUUGGAGCGGUCCACUGUGAAGAGAAACUCCUGAGCAGAUUAUCAUAUUACUGUCAAACACUAAUAUUGUAACAUGAAGUUUUAUGUUUUUAUAUUAUAAUAUAUAUUUAGAGCCGAAGUCCUGCUGCCACCUACAGUCCAGCUUCUGUUCCAGCGGCCUCAAAACAAUCUCAACAAUCUCACAGAGGGUUUUUUUUCUAUCUUAGUGAGGAAGUCAAGUGUUCCUGAUAAAUGAGGAUCUACUACAGAGCUCAAUCCUAGUUGGUGUCACUUGUUGUGACCUCAGUUAAAGAAGAUGUUGAUUUUAGGAUGAAAGUUGCAGCUUCUGGUUGUCGACAUCUUUUAAAAUUAGAAUCAGGACCUUCUGGACCAAGAGAUCAGGGUUGUCUGCGUUCACACUCUGAAAACUUGCCACACUACCUCGUACCAAAAUGCCGACUGGUCCACACACAAGCUCGUGUUAGCUCCUUUAGCUACAUUGUGCUAGCAUGGCAGGCCUGUUGAAACACUACCAGCAGCUUCCUGUGAGUUUCAGGCCUUUUAUGAGCCUUUACGUUUUAUUAAGGGAGCAAUAAUUUUUAAACUGAGCAGCAGUACUGUUAUUAGACGACCUGGAUUUAGUGUUGAGAAAGAUGAGUUACUCAGUAGUUUUGGAAAGAAGUUGACAAUUUUUAAAACUGGUUCCAGCUAAGUGUUUUUAUAAAGCACCUGAACAGUUGGAUAGUCACCCCUAGAGCUGGUGGGGAACAAAAACAGAGCUAAAAGAGAGUGAAGAUUGGUUGCUGUCAGUGUCAUAUUUACUACUUCAGCUUGUUCUUGCUGCCCUCAAGAGGCCAAAAACGCAUCAAUUUGUGCAUUUUUAAGCAAUAACUUGUCAUCCACAGCUCUCUGGAACUUUUCUAGCCUCUUUUAACUCCUAGUUUUGUUUUAAAGAACAAUUCCUUUCUGGUUCAGUGUUUCCAGGUAAGAGCCAGAUGUUUCCCCAGGAGCAGGUGGAGACCAAAAACAGAGCAAAAAGAGAGUAAAGAUCAGAUAAAGAUUCAUAAACAAUAUCGUCAGUGUUGUGUUCUCUACUUUGACUUGUUUCUGCUGCUCUCAGGUGGUCAAAAUAUUUAAUUUUAUGCAUUUUUGACGAAACUUUUGGUUAAAGGUGUCAGAAUACCUUUUAAUUAUCACUUUUUACUGUUUUCUUGUUGCUGGAACAAAAUCUGGACGACUUAAUUUCCUCUUUGGCUCAUUAUUCUCGGCAUCUGACCAUUUCAAAUUUUACCUUUGUAAUAUUUAAAGAAAUCUAUUUUAUACCGAGCGAUUUCAACCACGUGUAGGUUUCUGUUUGUGUUGUCGAGGACUGACCUUUUCUACUCAUAUGUGUUUAUGAAGCUACAACAAAACCUGUAAAAUUUCUACAAAAGGGAAGAGAAGCAUGUUCAGCAUGACGCUUACAUACAUAUUAUUUUUUGAUAUUCAUUUUAGUCAAAUUAGUAUUUAAAUUAGCGUUAUCUAAAUAUGUAUAUUGUACACUAGAGGUAUAUACAGGAGCACAUACUCAACCAAAGGCCUGUACAGAUUCUCCUCAGAUAUUUUCAGAUGUUUCCUUUAAAACGUGUUUCUUGUUGACGUUCAUGAGAUGAUGUUUGUGUUCAGCCUGCAGCGUGUGGAUGAAUCUCUGUAUUUAGCAUGAUAAAGCUCCUCCUGAACAUGUUUGUGAUAAAGACUGGUAACCCUGCA